AUGUUUUCUAAUGCUUCAGCAGUAAUUAAUGUUCGAGACAUUAUAAAGAAGCAAGAAGAAAUUCAAAGUCUUUUUACAAGCAACUGCAAGCCAACGACAGCUCAUUUUAAUAUUGUACAAAGAGUCACUGUAGGUCUCUCCAUUUUGAAUAAAGAACUACUUUUAAAACAAAAGUUAAUGGAAAUGAAGAAAGAAGCUGUUGGGCAAUCAAGUUGUAAUUUAUUCAAAAUUUCAGAUUCUGCGACAUGGAACAUUGAAGACAAUGGUCAAGCUGAUACGUCGCGUCAUCAUCCAGAAGAUAAUGAUAUUCCAGAAAUCGCUAAUCAAUUAACAUUAGCGCGUCGAUAUCGGGUUAUCAAUAUAGUUGGUGAGGGCGCUUUUUCAAAGACAGUAUGCGCCGAGGACCUAUAUCGCAAUAGGAGUUUAGUAGCCAUUAAGAUCAUGAUUUCCAAACAUAACCGCGUUGGAUUUGAGGAAUGUAAAAAACUACGCUAUUUAAAUUUGCAUGAUGUUCAUGGAAACUCUCACACUAGCAAACUCCUGAAUACGUUCUUCUUUGACAAACAUUUUUGUUUGGUAUUUGAAUAUUAUCGAGGUGGUGUGCCAAAAAUUUCAUUUACGGUUAAUGAACAACUCCGAUUACAAAUUAUUAGAAAGAUAGCUUGUCAGCUUUUAACCGCUUUAAUUUACAUUAAACAUAUGGCUGUAAUACACGGUGAUUUGAAGUUGGAAAACAUUCUUUUUGUCUCGGAGAAUUCUUAUGAUUUAAAGGUAAUUGACUUUGGUAACGCAAUUGGUUUGGAUGAUGUAAAAUUUUAUAUGGAAAGUUUUGAAAUUCAAAGUCUUAUAUACAGAGCUCCGGAGGUUUUACUAGGUCUUCCUUUUGGUUAUGAAAUCGAUAUGUGGUCGUUUGGAUGUAUCAUAUGUGAAAUUUGGAUUGGUCAUCCUAUUUUUCAAAGUGAUACAAAAAGUAGUAUUAUCAAAGAAAUGGAACAAUUGUUAGGCCCUCUCCCAACCUCAAUAUAUAAACCUGCAAAAAAUUUUGCUUGGUAUUCGACCCGAAUUGAUAAUGGAUUAAAAGAUUGGCCAACAGGGUCGAAUGAAGAUACGUUACAAUCGAUGCGAAUAAGAAAGUUAUCAAAAGCUUUAAAUACUAAUAAUAUGGAUUUUAUUAAAUUUAUUGAUGAAAUUUUCAACUAUGACUCUUCCAAAAGGCUUACUCCAACAGAAGCUUUGUGUCAUAAAUUUUUUGCACCAUUAUUUCCAUUCGCACUAUUUUACGCAAAUCAUGAGAUCAAUACUUUAUUGAAAACUCAAAUGCGUUGA